AGCUGUCCAAAGAAAUUGAAAUUCCGUUUACCAAGGUAAAACCUUUUGGAGUCAAAGUUGCGAACGGGGAAACACUACGAGGAGAUAUUCUAUUCAAGGAUGUAAGGUUGAAGGCUCAAGGUCAAAGGAUGAGAGUGGAUCUCUAUGCCUUGCCAUUGAAGGCAACUGAUAUAGUGCUUGGAUGCCAGUGGUUGGAGACACUUGGUCCGAUCACAACCGACUAUUGGAAAGGAACUAUGGAGUUCGGGAGAUCAAGUAAGAGGGUCAAGUUGAGGACUGAGGAUCCAGACGAGUCACUUGGUGAAGAUGACGGGGGUGGUCGAGAUGGGAAGCUGAAUUUCCUAAUCCUUGGGGACAAGAAAAGUCUUGAAGAGGAGGGGAAUGAUACGGAAGUGGAGUUUGUGACCGGAGAGGCUAGUGGACUUGGAGGGCUAAAAUGCAAAAAGUGUGCAUCGACCAGACCGGAGACCAUGCAUAAGGCCAUGGAAGUUGCUAGGAGACGGGAGGAUCACUUGGCCGCGACUCGAAGGGGACGGGCGGAUUUUCGUGUCCCGGAGCCGCGACGUGUGCCGGCGACCGUGGGCACACCUAGUGCGAACGCGAGGCCGCCGGGCACCUUUAGGCCACCGGCAACCGAGGUGAAGAGGUUGAUGGAGGAGGAGAUGGCACGGAGACGUGAGAAGGGGCUGUGUUUUCGGUGCGAGGAAAAGUACACGCCGGGACAUCGAUGCAAGCAAAAUUACUUAAUCGAGUUUGUGGACUCGGAUGACGAAGAGCCGGUGAUCGAGGAAGAACGAGAGGUGGAGGUCGAGGUCCUCGAUGAUGAGGCCGAGAUCUCUGUACACGCCAUGGCGGGCACCAAGGGGCCGAAAACGAUGCAUUUGCCGGCGUGGGUGAAGGAUCAGCGAGUGACUGUGCUCGUGGACAAUGGGUCGUCGCACAACUUCAUUAAUGCGACGCUAUCUCACAAGCUUAAACUACCCACGUCCAUGGUCGAGCCAUUCGAGGUGCGGGUGGCUAAUGGAGAGAGACUGCGGUGCUCGAAGGUGUACCGAGGCGUGCCAAUCAAAUUCCAAGGAGUAACGGUAAAGGCGGACCUGUUUGCCUUACCAUUGGUAGGACCUGAUGUGGUGCUUGGUGUGCAAUGGCUCGAAGGGCUUGGUGACGUAACGACCAACUAUCGGAAGGGCGUGAUGAAGUUCGAGACCGAUGAUAGGUUGGUUACCUUGAAAGCGAGCGAAGGAUCGACCAAGGAGGUGGUCGAGGAGAGGCAGCGCGAGGUGCGUGACUUGCUCAAGGAGUUCGACCAGGUCCUCGACGAGCCCAAGGGACUGCCGCCACACCGAGAGUUUGACCACCGCAUACCUUUGGUCGAGGAAGGUCGAGCAGUGCACGUGCAUCCGUAUCGAUACGCACACUUCCAAACGACGGAGAUCGAGCGACAGGUGGGCGAGAUGCUCGAGUCUGGGCUCAUCCAACAUAGCUCGAGCCCGUUCUCGUCACCGGUGUUGCUCGCAAAGAAGAAGGACGGAACUUGGCGGUUCUGCAUGGACUAUCGCGCUCUCAAUGCGGCUACUGUGAAGGAUCGCUUUUCUAUUCCGAGCGUCGACGACAUGCUGGAUGAGUUUGGUGGCGCGCGUUAUUUCUCCAAACUCGACCUACGCGCGGGCUACCAUCAGAUCAGAUUGGCCAAGGAGGAC